GUAAAAUGCUGCUUCUAGGAAAUAUAUCGUUCAAUAUAUUGCUUUUAAUUGUAUUUGUUAGGAGAGGAGCACAGACUUUGCCUUACUGCUGAGACAAGAACCGUGUGAAUGCUUAUUAGAGCGGUAUGCCAGCGGAGAACCUUGCAGCACCCCCUCCAGCCCAACUCCCACCUCAACCUUCAUCUUCAUCAUUCACUCGCUCAGUGUCAAGCAAGAAGUUUUACCAGGCUAUUGCUGAAGGAAAGGCCCCUGUAGAGGGGGACCAUGAAGAGGCAAGGAUUAUUAUUGGACAAAGAGACAGCAGUUUUAGGAAGGAUCUACAGUGGUUGCUCUUCAAUAAAUAUGUGCCUUUGCUCAUUCAAGAUGGUCCAUAAUGUGGUCUUGUGGCCUUAUGGAUGGCAACGCAUUUACUGCAACCUCCAGACAUGGUAUCCAUGGAGACAGUGACCCAGGCUGCAAAAGACAAAGGCUACACUGCAUAAGAAGAAAUGUUUUCUGCCAGUGACAUGGCCAAGCUGGCAGAUGAAGUAUGCGGGUGCAGAGUUCAGAGGUUAUCAGGGGGCAUGAUGGGAGACAACACUGCUGUCAUUCUUAAACACCUCACUGACGGGCAGCCUGUCCUCAUACCAUAUGAUGAGGAUUUUAAUCAUGAGCCCUGUCUACGCAAAGGCCACAAAGCCCAUUGGGCAGUUGUCUCAGGUAUAUUACCGGGUUUAAGACAGGGGUGUGUGGACAGCGAGCAGUUUCCACCUGAUGUCAUGCUGCCCUGGCUAAGUCUACGUUACCAGCUGUGGUAGUUUGAGACAGUUGCACAGAGCAAUGCUCAGCUCAAGGUAAUUGACCCUCAGAGAGCCAGUGAUGGAAUGUGUUAUGUGCUUCCUCGUGGUGGCGUGCAGGAAGGUCUUGUAGGUCAAGUGGUGCUGCUUCACACUAAUACACUGAUGGGCUGAUCAAGAAUAGCACCAAAUACACAUUUAAAGACUAUAUGAGCUCUUUAGAGUUGGCUGCCAAUGGUUUUGCAAACCCUGUAUUUCAGUCUUUAUCCACUAGGUGUCCUACAUUUCAUUUAUAAAGAAUGCUAAACUAAAUGACAAUAAAUGGGGGGACUCUAAAUGAAAUAUCAUACAGUUAAAGGAAUCGUUCACCCAGAAAUGAAUAUUCUCUCAUCAUUUACUCACCCUCAUGCCAUCCAAGAUGUGUAUGGCUUUCUUUCUUCUGCUGAACACAAAUAAAGAUUUUUAGAAGAAUAAAUCAGGAUCCCCAAGGAGACUGCUGUGUCAAGAUUUAUAGUGAAAAAGGUGUUAUGGUUUGGUCUGUUCUCUCCCAAAACCGAUUGGCAGUGUUGUGUAAAGUAUCCAUUCACCAUACUUAAGUAAAAGUAAAGAUACCUUAAUGGAAAUUGACUCAAGUAAAAGUUAAAGUAGAUCAUGAGAAAAAUACUUAAGUAAAAGUAAUAAAGUAACUGAUAUUAAAUCUACUUAUCAAGUAAAUUGCAUUAAUUACAGCACAGCUUAUUGUACCCAUGGCAACUUAUUUGAGUGGUGGUGCCGUGCUUGAGUCAGUAUUAGGAGUUAACUCAAGAACUACUCUCACCAAUUC